AUGACACCCCCACCAAAUUCUCUAGGUGAUAAUCCUCCUCCUCCUCCACCUCCAUCAUCAAAUCCAGCUCUACCUCCAUCAUCAAGUUUACGUCCACCUCCCCUACCAUCUACGAAUAUUCCUCGACCAUCUAUUUGUCCUCUCCAAUCUAAUAUUACCAAAAAGGGGGAGAAAAAUCAAGAGAGUCUUGAUCAUCAAAUGCAAAUGGUGGUGAUUGCACCAACUCCAUCUCAGCCUGAGAUGUCUGAAACUGGAAGGCCCAAUCUAGACUUUGGUGAUCAAUCAGAGACUGAUGACUAUGACGGGUUUCUUUAUAUAGGAUUCAUGCCACCAGCUGCUGUUCCUUUGAAUGUCAUCUACCCCGAUUCAUAUUUUGAGGGGGAGAUUCCCCAAGGAACGAAUAAUGAAAUUGAAGCUGGUCAGAUCAAUGCUCGGGGAGAACUCAAUACUCGAAACAGGAAGGCUUCAUUCUCAGGGAGAACUCAUGACACUGAAGCUGAAAGUUCUUCUACGGCUGGUGAUCCUUCAACACCUCCCAAUUCCAAGAAAAACAAGCUCAUUUUUUAUCUGAAUGAAUUCGCUAAAUUAUGGAGUUUAACUAUUGAUGAAGUAAGAGAGGUCAUGAUAGAGAAUAAUGUUGCUAUUCAACAAAAAAAAGAAGCUAGAAAAAAAAAAGAACGUAUGUCUUGCAAACUAGCUCAAGCUUUUGCUUAUGUUGGUGAAAGCAGUAAUGAUCAAGUCAAGAAAAUUAAAUUCUUCAAUAAUAGUUUGGAGAAACAACACAGGGUUUCAGACCUAAAUGACCGAAUCAUACGAAGAAGUUUGGAGAUGUUUUGA